AUGGCUGAGCCCCAGCAACAUGGCUACUACCAAACACAAACACGCACACAAUCCCAAACCACCAAAGCAAGUUCUUCCACUUCACAGGUUCUAGCGCUCGCCACCCUCGUGCCUUUUGGUGCCACUCUUCUCGUCUUCGCCUGCCUCAUCCUCACCGUCACCGUCAUUGGCCUCACCGUCGCCACCCCACUGUUUGUCAUCUUCAGCCCUGUCUUGGUCCCCGCCGUCUUAGUCAUUGGUUUGGCAAUCGCCGGCUUUCUCACAUCUGGAGCCUUCGGCGUCACCUCACUCUCUUCCUUUGCUUGGCUAGCCACCUGUCUCCGCCGCUCACGCUCGCCGGCACAGCGGCAACAUGCAAAGUCUCCUGCGCCGGAUACCGUGCCCCAGAAAACUGAGGAAGCCGGAGGUAGUGUAGUACGAAAUACCCAGGAAACGGGCCAGCAGACCCAAAAAGAAGCUGAACGCAAGGCCCAGGAAUCUGAUAAGCAAGCCCAAAAAGAAAGUUCAGAAAAGGACCAGGAAAUGGCCCAAAAAGAAACUCCACGAAAGGACCAGGAAACGAGCCAGGAGGCCCAAAAAGAAAGUGCACCAAAGGAUCAGGAAACGGGCAAGGGGGCCCAAAAAGAAAGUGCACGAAAGGACCAGGAAACGGGCCAGGAGGAGGCCCAAAAAGAAAGUGCACCAAAAGAUCAGGAAACGGGCAAGAGGGCCCAAAAAUCCGGUGGAACAAAGGAAGACCCCAAAGAAAACCAAAAAUCGUCAUGA